AGCGCACGGCGGCGGAGCGCGGCGCCGCGCCCGGCCACGGCCAUGACCUCCGUGCUGGGGACGAGCAGGGCGGCCGGAGGGCCGAGCGGCCAACUGAAAUGCAAGUCCAAAAGAAGGAGGAGGAGGCGAUCGAAGAGGAAAGAAAAAGUAAGCAUACUGUCAACCUUUAUAGCACCCUUCAAGUAUUUGAGUCCUGGCGCAACCAAUAUGGAGGAUGAAGACAAUUUAAGUACCAGCAGUGCAGAAGUAAAGGAAAAUCGAAACAUUGGCAACCUGGAGGAUCAUCCAGUAUCCUCUAGUGAGAGGGCAAGAGGAGGAACAUCUAGCAGUAAGAGAAAAAGACCCUUAGAGGAAGGCAACAAUGGCCAUUUUUGCAAACUCCAGCUCAUCUGGAAGAAAGUUUCAUGGUCAGUGACACCAAAGAAUGCUCUGGUUCAGCUACAUGAACUCAAACCAGGUUUACAAUAUAAAAUGGUUUCCCAAACAGGUCCAGUGCAUGCUCCAGUCUUUGCUGUUGCUGUAGAAGUAAAUGGACUUACAUUUGAAGGUACAGGACCCACAAAAAAGAAAGCCAAAAUGCGUGCCGCAGAGCUAGCUCUGAAGUCUUUUGUUCAGUUCCCAAACGCCUGCCAAGCUCACUUCGCCAUGGGGAACUGUAUUAAUCCAUCCACGGACUUUACUUCUGAUCAGGCAGACUUCCCAGAUACUCUGUUCAAGGAGUUUGAACCAUCUACACACAGUGAGGACUUUUCAGUCUAUAACCCAGUUAAUAAUGAAUUGCUCUCCACUGCUUAUCGACAUGGGAGGUUACUCUGCCAUACAUUGGACUUAAUGGGCCACAGUAAGCAAAACAAGCACAAGAUGGCAUCCAAAGCGGAGAGCGAGAAGAACCCAGUGGUGCUGCUAAAUGAGCUGCGAUCGGGACUGCGGUACGUCUGCCUGUCGGAGACCGUGGAGAAGCAGCACAUCAAGAGCUUUGUGAUGGCAGUGCGAGUGGACGGGAGAACAUUUGAAGGCUCAGGACGUAGCAAGAAGCUGGCAAAAGGCCAAGCAGCACAAGCUGCUCUGCAGGCCCUCUUUAACAUUCGGCUGCCCAGCCACAUUCCCAGCAGGAGUAAAUGUAACCAUUUGCCACAGGAUUUUGCCGACUCCAUGUACCAAAUGGUUACACAGAAGUUCCAGGAGUUGACAGACAAUUUUACUUCCAUGCAUGCACGCCACAAAACUCUUGCAGGAAUUGUGAUGACCAAAGGUUUGGACAUCAGGCAAGCUCAGGUUAUUGUGCUGUCAUCGGGUACCAAAUGUAUAAAUGGAGAAUACCUUAAUGACCAAGGGCUUGCGGUCAAUGACUGUCAUGCAGAAAUUGUGGCAAGGAGAGCAUUUCUUCACUUCCUUUACUCACAGCUGGAGCUCCACUUAAGCAAACGGCAAGAAGACUGGGAGCGAUCAAUCUUCGUGCGAUUAAAAGAGGGAGGCUACAGGCUGCGCGAGAACAUCCUGUUCCAUCUGUAUGUGAGCACUUCACCCUGCGGAGAUGCACGCCUCAACUCCCCCUAUGAAAUCACAACCGACUUGAACAGCAGCAAGCACAUCGUAAGAAAAUACCGUGGGCAUCUUCGAACAAAGAUUGAGUCUGGAGAAGGAACCAUACCAGUUCGGUGUCACAAUGCAGUUCAGACGUGGGAUGGCGUGUUGUUGGGAGAGCAGCUCAUCACCAUGUCCUGUACAGACAAAAUUGCCAGAUGGAACAUCCUUGGGCUUCAAGGUGCUCUCCUCAGCUCCUUCAUCGAGCCCACGUACUUGCACAGCAUCAUUGUGGGAAGCCUCUGUCACACUGGUCACCUUUCCAGGGUAAUGAGCCAUAGGAUAGAAGACAUUGGUCAGCUGCCAGCUUCAUAUCGGCAUAAUCAGCUGCUUCUCAGUGGGGUUAGUCACGCCGAGGCUCGGCAGCCCGGAAAAUCGCCCAGCUUCAGCGUGAACUGGAUCGCGGGGACCGCCGACCUGGAGGUGAUCAACGCCACCACGGGAAAGCGGAACUGCGGGAGUCCCUCGCGGCUCUGCAAGCGCAUGUUCUUCGCUCGGUGGGCAAAGCUUUACGGAAAGCUGAGCACGCGAAUACCAAGCCAUGGAGACAUGCCAUCAGUGUACAGUGAGGCAAAGCUGGUGCCUCAGACAUACCAGUCUGUCAAGCAGCAGCUGUUUAAAGCGUUUCAGAAAGCAGGUCUGGGCACCUGGGUGAAGAAACCCCCAGAGCAAGAUCAGUUUCUACUAACUGUAUAAAUCACUUGACACCUUUGCUACAUGACUGGAUCAAAUCAGCUGGAGAGAAGGCGAGGCAGGACACGUGAGCUGAGAGAACCGAAGCAGUUCCCACAUGUAAUAUCAAGCUCCAUGGGAAUAUUCUAAUUCUGUACCGGAAAUACAUAAAUAUAAAUAUGUCUGAUUAAUGCACUGAACUUGACUUAUAGAAACUGCUUUUUCAUGACCUCUUCUCAAGAACGUACUUGCCCAAUUACGAAAUUAUAAUGCCAUCCCCAGCAAAGAUUCUGCUUUUUGCUGCUUAUUGCAAUUGGUAUUGCUGCUAACCCAAGCAGCAUCUUGAUUUCAGAUGCUGGCAGGCCACCUGCCUGUUUAAAAACAAACAGAGUUUGUUUUCCCUCACACAGUCAGUGCAAAAAUCAUCACUGAAUCAUGGAAAAUAGUAAGCAAACAUGGAAGUACCCCAGGCACAUGGCAUGACAGCAGGUCACAGCGCAUCCAUAAUCAUCCACAGAAAGAUGUCUAUCCUCUAUGCAAAAAUCAUCCUCCUAGCUGCCUAAAUUUGUGAGGGAGAAUUUGGGCCUCAAAGUUAUGCAGCAUUUUCAAACUCCAUUUUCCACUUUUGGAUCUGAGCACAAUGCUGGGCAUCAGGAGUCCCUUCAUUUUUACACUUACCCCCUCUGACACGUUGGGCAUACUGCUUCUCACCAAAUCUUCAGUGAUGGUGAGUUUUGCAUGCUGCUGCCUUUAAUUAUGUAGGCCCAAUUGGUAACCCAUAACCCAUAGCCACCAGCUCAGAGCAGGACCGCUCAGGGCUCCCUCUUACGUCGCUGCGGAGGCAGCUGCCCUUCACGAGGCCACUCGCGCCCAAGUGCCUGCGGCAGGGCGCACCUCCACCCUGGCUCAGUGGGUUGGGUAGCCACAACCCAGACAUCCCAAACUAGAGGGCACAUCUGAUGCUCGGCUCCUUUGUGCUUCAGUUUCUCCAUCUGUCAAAUGGGGAUAACACUACUUACCUGCUUCACACCUAAGGAACGUGUCAGGAAUAGCGUGCUCUGGUCAUAAAGAACCAUGUAAGCCAGAUCCUGUCACUCUUACUGUGAGUUUUACCUCUGCACAUUGCCCCAAUGACAGAAUUACAACAGAUGGCACCACAGUCUUGGGUAAGGUUUUACUCAAUGUAAGAGUUCUCAGAUUCUAGCUCUAUAUAAAUGCUAAGUAUUGCUAUUAUUCAUAUGCAACUGCAGUCUGAAAAGCAGGUGAGGUUUUUCAGUUAGAAGAAGAGUAGUGCCUCAUGGUUAAAUAUCUUCUUCAUAACUAUGACUUUGAACAAUCUCAAACUUCGUCAGAAGGCAGAAAAUACAGUCAUGGGAGAAUGAAGCUUUGACAGUCCAACUACAGAACCAACCUUCAAACACUCUGUAAAUUUCUUUUGGGUUUUGGUUUUUUAAAUGACAGGAUUUGCGGGUAUAUAACUACUGUUUUCUUUUUAUUCCUGUGAUUCUCUUUAAAUCUGUAUAUAACAUGCUGCUACUGAUUUGUGAUAAUUGUCUUGGUAUUUUCUCAGAACUGUCAGGCUGAGUUACUUUUCAAACAACACAAGGCUCAUAUUUUUCCAUGUAAUUUCCUUUACACGGGAAACUGUUCCUAUCAAUAAAGAUAGAUGCUCUUUGUAUAGGGUUUAUCAUGUUUGGAGAGCCAUAUACAGUAAAUACAUUGUUUAUUGAUGCCCACAAUAGAAUAGCUACAGUAUUUUGAUGAGAUUUUAUUUUUAGAUUAUAAACUACAAGAUGUAUCUAUAGUGUCUUGUAUAAAAACAAUUGUGAUAAACUAGAAUUUUUAAAUUAGAUAAAACAAAGCUCUCCCCUUCCAGAAACCUUUUCAACAAAAUAAUACAUUCCAUAUUAACUACCAAAAAUAUUUAAAAAAAAAAAUCCUUAGAGUAGAAAUAGUAAAA